UUCCCAUCCUCAUUCCCACCCUCACCUUCCCCUCCAUUUCCACCCUCCUUCCCCUCACCCACCAACACGACGCUUAAUACAAGCCUCUCCCUCCCUCAGCCCGGACCCCCCUGCACGAGGCUGCCUCUCGGGGCCAUAAGGCAGUGGCGGACGUCCUCGUGGCGGGGGGCGGCGACCCCAACGCCAGAGACAAGAAUGCCCGGACCCCCCUCCACGUGGCUGCCUCUGGGGGCCAUAAGGCAGUGGCGGACGUCCUCGUGGCGGGGGGCGGCGACCCCAACGCCAGAGAGCGACGCCUGGACCCCCCUCCACGUGGCUGCCUUUGGGGGCCAUAAGGCAGUGGCGGACGUCCUCGUGGCGGGGGGCGCCGACCCCAACGCCAGAGACAGGAUAGGCAGAACGGCGAUGCACUGGGCAGCCAGGCAGGGGCACUGGGGGGCGCUGGAAGCUCUUGCGGCGAGCGGGGCCGACGUGGACCCCGUCGACGGCGGGCACACGCCUCUCCACGACGCAGUCAAAGGACGGCUUCUCGCGGUGGGCGUCCUGACUGGCCUCGGGGCGUCCACCAACAAGAAGAAUAAAGGCGGGAAGACCCCUAAGGACCUGUUGGGGAAGCCUUCCGCUGAUGAACUCUUCUCCAUGGCGGAGAAAUGUGCUACAUCUGCGGCCGAGAAGAAAAGGAGGGAGAUGCAGAUCAAACUCGAGGAGCAGCAGAAGGAGAUGACGAAGAAGUACGACUCGAAGGAGGCGGAGGCAGCCAACCUGCAGAAGGAAAACGGCGAGUUGAAGAAGGACCUUCAGGAAAAGGAAAAAGAAAUCAAAUUAAUGCAGGAUAAACUCGAGGAGAAGGAGAAGGAGAUGCAGAAAAAGUAUGACUCGAAGGAGGCGGAGGCAGCCAACCUGCAGAAGGAAAUCGGAAAGAUCAAGAAGGAUCUUCAGGAAAAGGAGAAGGAAAACAAAUUAAAGCAGGACAAACUCGAGGAGCAGCAGAAGGAGAUGAAGAAGAAGUACGACUCGAAGGAGGCGGAGGCAACCACACUGCAGAAGGAAAUCGAAAAGUUGAAGAAGGACCUUCAGGAAAAGGAAAAGGAAAUCAAAUUAGUGCAGGACAAUCUCAAGGAGCAGCAGGAGAAGGCGAAGACAGAAAUCAAACAGGUAGAGACCGAGUACGAGGCCCAACUGCGGGACUCGAACAUAGCCUUCAACACCAAGGAGGACGAGGCAGCCGACCUGAAGAGGGAGAACAGAGCCCUGAUGCUAGAGAUUGGAAGACAAAAAGACGAUAUCAACGAGUGGAUGGAGCAGGUGAAGCAAGCGCAAUUGAAUCAGCGAAGGUGUGAGAGUGAGGCGAGGGACCACGAAGCUGAGAAGGAAGGUCUUAACGAGCAAAUCGCAGAUCUCCAGGAACGCAAGCAACUUUACAGGCAGAGCACAAUGAAAGGGUGAAAAUUCUCAAGAGAAGGGAGAAGAGAAAAGAGGAAGAGGCAGCCAAAGCGAGAGGCGAGCUUGAGAAGAAGCUCAGGAGACGAGACAAAACGAUUGAGGCCCUCAAG